AAGUCUUCUGUGUAAUAUUACAGUAUAUUAUAAUAAUGCAUAUACUCUUCUUCUUCUUCUUCUUCUUCUUCUUCUUCUUCUUCUUCUUCUUCUUCUUUUAAUACAGCCCUUUCUUUUCCUCAUCUUCAUUGAACUUGGGAAUUUGCAAAAAAGAAAGAAAUUAAUUAGAUGGGUUUGUUGUCACUAUUGGAGGUGGCUUUCAUUCCCAAUUUGCAAGUCCUUCUGAUGUGUUCAGUGGGAGCUUUUUUAGCCACUGAUUACUCUAAUCUUCUUCCUGCCCAUGCUAGAAUCUCUCUCAACAAGAUUGUGUUUGCUGUUUUCACUCCUUGUCUCAUGUUUGCAAAUUUGGCCAAAACAGUCACCUUUCAAGACAUUGUUUCAUGGUGGUUCAUGCCACUCAAUAUUGCUUUUACCUUUCUAUUUGGAGGGCUUUUGGGGUGGAUUGUUAUUAAACUUUUGAAACCAAAGUCAUAUCUUGAAGGCCUUGUCAUGGCAGUCUCUUCCACUGGGAACUUAGGGUACCUUCUUCUCAUCAUUAUCCCUGCAAUUUGUUAUGAAAAUGGCAGCCCUUUUGGCAACCACAAUACUUGUGCUUCUCUUGGACUCUCUUAUGCAUCCUUUUCCAUGGCGCUAAGUGGAUUUUGCCAAUGGACAUAUACUUACCACCUUUUGAAAACCUCCUCCUUGCGAUCGAAUGCAAUUGAAGAAGCCCCUGGCAUUGACCACCUCCAUACUCACCUUCUUGGUCGUGUUUUAGUUGAACAGAUCGAAUCCCAAGAAACAGUGCCCACCAACUUAUCCUCUUCCAUCAGGGCUCAAACACUACAAAUUUUGUACACCAUUAUUCAAGAAUCAUUAACCCCUCCAUCCUUAGGAGCAAUUGUGGGAUUGAGUUUUGGAGCUGUAUCAUGGCUUCAAAAUCUAGUAGUUGGAGAGAAUGCUCCACUUAGAGUAAUCCAAGACUCUGUCCAACUACUCGGAAAUGGGACGAUUCCUUGCACGCUUUUGAUAUUAGGUGGCAAUCUCAUUCAAGGGUUGCGGUCUUCAAAGGUGAAGCUGAGCACAAUUUUGGGAGUGAUUGGGGUCCGGUACUGUGCGUUGCCCGCAAUAGGAAUUUUGGUAGUGAAAGCGGCAGACACAUUAGGAUUUUUGGCACCGGACCCUCUUUACCACUUCUUGUUGAUGGUUCAAUACACCACGCCACCAGCUAUGUCCAUCAGCACAAUGACUCAGUUGUUCGGCGUUGGUCAAGAGGAAUGCUCUGUUAUUAUGUUUUGGACUUAUUUGAUUGCUAUUCUUUCUCUUGCUCUUUGGUCUGCACUUUUCAUGUGGAUCUUGUCUUGAUUCAAUCUUUUCUUUUCUUCUUAGCUCCUCGUAGAAUUAAAGCAUUAUAGCACAUUCAACCAAGGGAAGGGCUUGACAAAUUCAUUAUUGAGAUUAGCUAUGGGACGUGGGUGUGGAUCUUUUAAAGAAUUGGAGCCACCUCACUCAUUUUGUAUUAUUUUGCUAUAUUCCAAAAAUAGAGAGAGAUAAAAUGGAGGAAAGUGGUCACGCGAUCUAGAUUAUUAUGAACAAAUUAUGAACUAUAUUAUUUACCGAGGAGACAAGUCCCAAUCAGCUUAUAUAAAGGCCAUCUUAUGUUGUACUA